GCCAACAUCUGGCAGCAUUGCAAGCAUUUAUCUAAUUUUAGCUUCUAUUUUAUCAUUUCCAUUGUCCGCACAGAUUUUUCAACAAUUUUAAUAGCUACCGCCGCUGCCAAUAAUUAUUUGGCACAAAAUGAUUGUGAUGCAUAUGGAUUUGGAGCCGGGGUAUCGCAAAGCGGACAUUAAUAAUAUCCCGAUGGUGCGCAGCGAGACGAUUUUCGGUUUCGUCACAAAGAUUGCCACCAGCGGCGGUGGCGGGAAGAAGCAGCAGCCUGCCAGCAGUAAUAGCAAUAAUGUGGAUUUACGCGUAGAUUUUGUACAAGUCAGAAGAGCUGGCGAUGUAUUCGAUUUGCGCGCGGUGGUAUUUCCCGCAGCUACUGGCGGUAACCAUGAGGCACACAUAAAUGUAGAUCUGAAGGUGGAUGAGAAAAAGGACGAGAUAUCUGAGACGAAAUGUGAUCAAUGCACCAAAAAGGAAUCCUGUCCACAUAUACUCGCAUUCAUCUUCUGGCUACAUCGUAAAAGUACAGAUACCGAUGCGCCGGCCAUACGAGACUAUUGGGGUAGUGAAAUAGAAGCGCUAGCUGAAGAGGAACGUGUUGAGGCGCUACGUAUUCGCGACAUAUUCGCCUGUGAUGAACUACGUUUGGAAGCCGAUCUAGAGGCAGCUGCUGUUAGUGAGCCAGAAGGGCAAGCGUUCUUCGAUACUGUACUUGAUGAAAUGGAGAAUUUAGGUUUAAGAGAUUCAGCGCUGUACCGCCACUGUAGAUCUGUAUUGGACGAGUUCGAACCACUUUUCAUACAUCACAUAAUGUUGGAUGCAUCCAAUAAUGGUGUGAAGGAUUCUCGUUCAUUUGUGCAACACAUGGAAGAUCAAGCUAAAGAGGGACUCUUUGAACGACUUGCAGAAGUUUCGAAAACAAGUUAUAAGACUCCCAUUUGGUUAGAAACUCAAUACAUGCGAUUACGCUGUUCACUCAUACAUCGGGUUGCAUCGCGCAAGGAUUCUCUAGAGGAUGAAAACAUUAUAGAUCUGUUAUUCUGCAAGGAGCGUGAAUACAAUGCUGAGGAAAAGCAGCAAUUAAAGCAGCAUAAACGCUUUAUAUUGAAGCAGACUGAAAAACUAGAGAAUAAAACGUACAGUGAAUGCGGUUUAUUGUUGAACGAAAGCUAUCCAUACAUUUGUGCAUCGCCCGAUGGUAUCACCGAUGACCACAUCGUCGAAAUAAAAGCACCAAAAACCGAUGAGGAAUUCGAAAAGUACCUCGAAGGCCGUGAAACUAUUGCGCCUAAAUACAUGGCACAAAUACAAAUCCAAAUGUAUAUGGCGAAUGUGACAAAAGCGCUUUAUUGUGUGCUUAGUCCCACCUUCGAUACCAACGGUGCUCUACACUACGUCUGGGUGCAAGCCGAUAUGGAAUUUGUAGCCAGCCUGCUUGGCGCAGCUGAGGAUUUUUGGAAGGAUGUGGUUUUUCCACGCUUGGUUAAAAUCUACUUAAGUAGUCCGUAAAGUAAUGUUUAAGUAAUUAGAUUAGUUAACGCGCACAUUAAGUAAUCUUGUCGAACGUAAAACAAACAUUUAAUAAAACCACUUAUUGCUAAUGG